GAUUAUUUUGUUGUUUUGCUGUCACCAUGUGAGCUCGACCCUACCAUGAAAGUCUUGCUACAAGUGCCGAUGUGGGCCCAGAGAGUGAUUUUCAUUCAGGGCUCAGCCCUUAAAGAUACAGAUCUUGCCAGAUGCAGGGUUCAAGAUGCCGAGGCCUGUUUUAUUCUUUCAACCCAAAAUGUGGAAAACAAGGAAGCUGCUGAUCAACAUACAAUAAUGAGAUCUUGGGCAAUUAAAGAUUUUGCUCCAGAGUGUCCGCAGUAUGUUCAAAUAUUUCGGCCUGAAAACAAGUUUCAUGUUAAAUUUGCAGAACAUGUGGUCUGUGUGGAUGAGUUUAAGUACGCCCUUCUUGCCAAUAAUUGUUUGUGUCCUGCCACAUCAACGCUGGUUACGUUGUUGUUACAUACGUCACGUGGACAGGAAGGACAGGGGUCAUCUGAGGAGUGGCAGAGAUUGUAUGGAAGAUGUUCUGGUAACGAGAUAUAUCAUAUACGUCUCGGAGAAAGCAAAUUCUUCGGGGAAUACAAAGGAAAAAGCUUCACAUAUGCUUCGUUUCAUGCUCAUAGAAAAUAUGGUGUAAGUCUUGUUGGUGUACAGCAGAACAGUGGCGUAUCUACAAUACAGCUCAAUCCUGGGCCGCGUCACAUCAUGAAGGAGUCGGACAUUUGUUUCUAUAUGAACAUAACCAAGGAAGAGAACUCUGCCUUCAUUUUAGCUCAUCCGAACCAGGAGGAUUCAAAACCAGACAGGAAAUUGAUGCAGGGCGGAGAACAUACGUCAAAAGUUGCCAGUGUGAUAGCAAGUGUUGGGACGAUGGCUUUAGAGUUACAACACACUCGUCUAAUCAACGCUCCUCCAGAGAUUAAAAGAUCCGGUAGUCGGCGGACAAAGUUAGAGAUUCCUUCAGGGCUUACAGCUGCAAACUUGCAGAAGAGGCCGAGUAUUGCGCCUGUACCUGCCUUCCUUGAGGCUUCAGAUAUAACAAUACAAGUUGAGGAGGAGACCAUGUCAGAGGACAGUUUUCCUUACGCUGAUGAGGAGGAUAAUCCUGAGUUUGUGCGAGGAUUUCCACCUGGUAAACCUUACAUCGGAACCAGUCCAAAACAUUUAUGUCACCCUAAUGAGAGAAAAACGCCCCACUUUUGUUGUCUUCAACUUGUUCAGG